AUGAACGGCUUCAACGGCACCGUCUCGCCAGGCGGCAUGUACGUGAAAGCGCUUUACGACUACGACGCCGACGACCGCACGAGCUUGAGCUUCCGGCAAGGCGACAUAAUACAGGUUAUUACGCAGCUGGAGAGCGGCUGGUGGGACGGCGUCAUCAACGGCGUCCGCGGCUGGUUCCCGAGCAACUACUGCACCGUACUCCAACGCCCGAGCGAAGACGUCGAGGACGACAGGAAUGGCGGGGAUGUCGACGACGAUCAAGACACGCAUUCGCUGGGCGGCACAGAUUACACAAACUCGGACACGGAGUCACUGAGCGGGAACGACACAAUACUGCCCAUUGAGCGCAAUGAGAGCAGCAAAGAGGAGGAGGCGGCUUUCUGGAUCCCCCAGGCCACGCCAGACGGGCGCUUGUUCUACUUCAACACCUUGACAGGUGUCAGCACCAUGGAACUGCCCUUGGAGUCGCCCUCGCCAAACGAGAGCGGCCCACGCGACCGCGUCAACGUCUUUAUACCCGAGUCGUCUCGACCGCCGCCCGAGCUGCUCGCCUCUGGAUACAGCGUCGAGGACACGGACGAUGAAACGUCAGCGUCCGACUUCGAAGGCCCCGGGACGAAGGGCUCAUACAGCUCUAGGGUAAGUACUCAGGGAAGGCAUCGUCUCUCCGACGGUCUCUCAUCAGCAACCUCGAUGGAUUCCAUGAAUGCGGGCUUUGCGAAAAGGUCCUACGACACAGGUGGUAUGAGCUUUUCGGCUGCUGCCCUCCCUCCAACCGGUACCACGGCCACUUCGUUCGCUAACAGCCCUAAUGCGGGCGCACCAAAUGGCACCUCUACACAGUCGCGGAAAUUCUACGACGAUGUAAACCCCGUCCCUCUGACAUGGAACAGGAUGGUCGAGGAUAUGCGCCGCGCUAUUGAGCGCUACAGAGAAGCCAUCAAUAACAGCGACCGGUCCGAGUUCGUCAAGCGGGCCGAAGACAUUUCUGACCAUCUACGACUACUACUUGCUGCAGGAUCAGGGACUACCGACAAUCAUUCCGGCAACCCAUCCAUUAUAUCUACCAACAAAGCUCUCUACCCCCACUUUCGAGAAACCAUGUCACGAUUCUCCAAAUUGGUCUUGUCCUCCCACAUCGCAGCAUCUGACUUUCCGCCCCCUGAUUCCUACUCAAAGUGCUUGAAAGAAGCGGAUGGCGUCUUGAAUGGCGUAUUUGGCUUCGUCGAAGUAGCUCGCCAGCAGCGAGGGGAAGAAAUUCCUCGCCUUGUACCUGGCUUCGUAGUCUGUAGCAAUCAUGGUGGAAGUUGGCACAACAACGGCACAGAGGCUCGCGAGUCGAAUCCCUCGUUGUCGUUCAUCGAUCAAGAAGAUUACGAACCCUCAAUCGAGCCCACAGUCAAACUAGACUCUCGCGUUUUGGAAAGGUUGGAGGACAUCAAGAGGCUCAUCGUCUCUAGCCUUCGCCGAUUAGACGAGCAACUCAUCGUUCGAGAUAGAAUCAUCACGCAUCAGAAGCACCAGGCCAUAGGUGAGCAUAUAUGCGGCGCGGCAGGAAAGGUACUGGAUGUUUGCCGGCCUUGGAUAUCAACCAUUGAAUCAAUCAACCUUGCUUCGCUAGCCACAAUGCCGCAAGCACAACAGCUCCACGAUUUCAGCAUUCACAAGCAGAAGGCGUACGAUAUCGUCUCCGAGCUUGUGAUUGCGUGCCAAGGAGUUGCAGCACCCCUUGGAGACGAGUGGGCAGAACUACGCGGUGACUCUCUUGAAGAUCGUAUCAACGCUGUACGAGCCAUCUCGCGGGACCUGGAAGGGACAGUCGCGCAACAAUACGGAAUACUGCACGCUUUGUCGGAUGCAGUACCGUUGGCAGACAUUGCGCCCCGGGCAGACUCUCGAAGAAAUACAGAUAGCGAACUAACAAACUCUCACGCUCGAGUACCGUCUGGUCAAAGGCCACUGCUCAAGGACAUGCCGCAAUCGCAAACCUACAGCGAAGGUACUCAGCUUGGAGCUGCAGAAGAGACCAAGAUCGAACCAAUACGAUCUGCAAACAGUAACAAAAAGAUCAAGGACUUUUUUGGUGAGGUCCCAGUGAUCCCACAAGCAACAGUCGAAGAGAUUCCCGAGUUUUUGAAGCUCGAUCACGAAGGUGAGAUCUCGUAUGAUCACAAAGCAACACCGCCUCAACUGCGCGGUGGCACUCUGGCAGGUCUUGUGGAGCAGCUCACUCGGCACGAUCGUCUUGACCCAGCGUUCAACAACACAUUCCUACUCACAUAUCGAUCGUUUACUACCGCUUCUGAGCUUUUUGAAAUGCUAGUAAAGAGGUGGAGCAUACAGCCACCCCACGGACUCGACAAAGAAGAUUACCAGCAUUGGGUGGAUAAGAAGCAGAAGCCCAUCAGGUUUCGUGUGGUGAACAUCCUGAAGAGUUGGUUCGACAACUACUGGAUGGAAGGGAACGACGAAGAGGCACGGAUACUGAUCCAAAGAGUGUACAACUUUGCGAAAGACCAUGUAGCAACUACUAGCACCCCUGGAGCGGCUCCGCUGAUGACAUCGGUUGAGCAACGAUCUCGUGGUCCAGACAUGCCUACCAAACGCCUCGUUCCCACAUUGAGCGCCCAGACACCACAGCCUAUUCUGCCGAAGCACAUGAAGAAGCUCAAGUUUCUCGAUAUUGAUGCGACAGAGUUCGCUCGCCAACUUACCAUUAUUGAGUCAAGGCUAUACGGCAAAAUUCGACCAACAGAGUGUCUCAAUAAAACGUGGCAGAAGAAGCUCGCGCCUGGCGAGCCCGACCCGGCCGCCAACGUCAAGGCGCUUAUCCUCCACUCUAACCAAUUGACGAAUUGGGUCGCACAGAUGAUCCUGACGCAACAGGAUGUCAAACGGAGAGUGAUUGUCAUCAAGCAUUUUGUUAAUGUGGCCGAUAAAUGCCGGCAAUCGAACAACUUCUCAACACUGACAUCCAUCAUCUCAGCGCUAGGAACUGCGCCAAUCCACCGUCUGAAUAGGACAUGGAGCGCAGUCAAUCAGCGAUCGAUGGGUGUGCUGGAGAGUAUGCGCAAACUCAUGGGUAGCACCAAGAACUUUGCGGAAUACCGAGACACGCUCCACCGUGCGAAUCCGCCAUGUAUACCUUUCUUCGGUGUCUACCUCACGGACCUGACGUUUAUCGAAGAUGGCAUACCUUCGCUCAUCAAGCGCACAAACCUCAUCAACUUUGCCAAGCGUGCCAAAACGGCCGAAGUCAUCCGCGACAUCCAGCAGUACCAGAACGUGCCCUACCCGUUGCAGCCGGUCCCGGAGUUGCAAGACUACAUCUUGACGAAUAUGCAGAGCGCGGGGGAUGUGCAUGAGAUGUAUGAGAUGAGUUUGAGUGUUGAGCCGAGGGAAAGGGAAGACGAGAAGAUUGCAAGGUACACCCCGCAUUACUUCCGCUGA